UUGUGUGAGUGUUUAGGAAUUUAUCUUGGUUCUUCAAGAACUCUGAAUUUCUCUCUUUCUCUCUUCAUUUCAAACAUUGCCACACCAUAAUUAUGCAAAGCUGAAACGUUAUUCUGCGUUUUCCGCAGGCGAAAGUUCAGAAAGUGCGUCCUGUUCAUCAGAUUCUGCUUCAUUAGUCUCUGCUUUUGUGUUUGUUACCAUGGCAACUCAAACACCAGUUGAAAACAAUUAUCUCAAAAACGCUACUGAAGAAGAAUUGCAGAGGCAGAAGGCAAUUGAUGAUUGGCUUCCAAUUACUUCUUCAAGGAAUGCAAAAUGGUGGUACUCUGCCUUCCACAAUGUCACUGCCAUGGUUGGGGCUGGUGUUCUUAGUCUCCCCUAUGCCAUGUCUGAGCUAGGAUGGGGUCCUGGUGUAACUGUACUUGUUCUGUCAUGGAUCAUCACCCUUUACACUCUAUGGCAAAUGGUUGAGAUGCAUGAAAUGGUUCCUGGCAAACGUUUUGACAGAUACCAUGAACUAGGGCAGUAUGCCUUUGGGGAGAAGCUAGGACUUUAUAUUGUGGUGCCUCAACAACUUGUGGUUGAAAUUGGGGUGAACAUUGUCUAUAUGGUCACUGGGGGGAAAUCCUUGCAGAAAUUCCAUGACACUGUCUGUGAUGACUGCAAAAAGAUCAAGUUGACCUUCUUCAUUAUGAUCUUUGCAUCUGUUCACUUUGUAUUGUCUCACCUGCCUAACUUCAACUCCAUUUCUGGUGUAUCUUUGGCAGCAGCAGUUAUGUCCUUGAGUUACUCUACCAUUGCUUGGGCAGCUUCUGCUAACAAGGGUGUUCAAGAAGAUGUACAAUAUGGUUACAAAGCUAAAAGUACAGCGGGAACAGUGUUUAACUUCUUUAGUGCCCUUGGUGAUGUUGCUUUUGCCUACGCUGGACACAAUGUGGUGUUGGAAAUCCAAGCAACAAUUCCAUCUACUCCAGAGAAACCAUCCAAGGGUCCUAUGUGGAAAGGAGUGAUUGUUGCUUACAUAGUUGUGGCUCUGUGCUACUUCCCAGUUGCCCUUAUUGGUUACUGGAUGUUUGGAAAUGGGGUUCAAGACAACAUUCUCAUCAGUCUUGAGAAACCAAAAUGGCUUAUUGCAACGGCUAACAUGUUUGUUGUCAUACAUGUUAUUGGAAGUUAUCAGAUUUAUGCAAUGCCAGUGUUUGACAUGAUCGAAACUGUGUUGGUGAAGAAGUUGAACUUCAAACCUAGUAGAGUGCUUCGCUUUAUUGUACGCAAUUUGUACGUGGCAUUCACAAUGUUCGUUGCUAUUACCUUCCCAUUCUUUGGUGGUCUCCUAGGAUUUUUCGGUGGAUUUGCUUUUGCACCUACAACAUACUUUCUCCCUUGUAUUAUGUGGCUUGCAAUCUACAAACCAAAGAGAUUCAGCUUGUCUUGGUGGACCAACUGGAUCUGCAUUGUGCUUGGCCUAAUGUUGAUGAUUUUAUCACCAAUUGGAGGAUUGAGGUCAAUUAUAAUUGAUGCCAAGAACUACCACUUCUACUCAUAAACACAUUCCUCGUUUAAUUAAUGAUUGGAUUAUGAAGCGUGAAAACACAAGAAAGGAAUGAAAGGUGAAUUGGGUAUUAGAAUCUAGUUUAUCUUAGGUUGUUGUGAUCUUUAUAUCUGAAUAUUUUGGUUGUGGAGCAUCCACACCUUGUGUAUUGGUGGAAAGAUAUUCAUGACUGAAAUCAAAAGGGGAAUUUUGUAUGUAUUUUCUUUUAGUUUUUACUUCAUGAAUGUAAACCGUUCCUCAAUUUUUAAAAA